AAGAUGCACUGUGGCUGCAUCCCUGAGGGGGUCCCUUCUCUCCCCAGCUCCUACUGGAUAUCAGGUCUGGCUUUCCCGGACUGGGCCUACAAGACGGAGUCCAGCCCAGGCUCCCGCCAGAUCCAGCUCUGGCACUUCAUCCUGGAGCUGCUGCAGAAGGAGGACUUCCGGCACGUCAUCGCCUGGCAGCAGGGGGAGUACGGGGAGUUCGUCAUCAAGGACCCCGACGAGGUGGCGCGGCUGUGGGGCCGGAGGAAGUGCAAGCCCCAGAUGAACUACGACAAGCUCAGCCGGGCCCUCAGGUAUUAUUACAACAAGCACAUCCUCCACAAGACGAAAGGCAAGAGGUUCACCUACAGGUUCAACUUCAGCAAGCUGAUCUUCAUCAACUACCCUCUGUGGGGCGUCCAGCCUCCUUCUCGGCCGAUGUGGAUGGGGGCGGCCAGGAUGUUCCGG